AAAUUCAACCAAAAUUUCCCAUUUCAAUCCAUUCUUCUCCUCUCUCUCUCUCUCUCUCCAUCAAAUUUCCCAAUUUCCCAAAAUUUGCAUAUUUCCUCUCUAAAUCUCCUUGCUGCUUCCACAUGGCGGAGGAAACCAAGAAGGCGGCGGCUCCCGAGGCGGCCGAGGAGGCGGCGGCGGCGGUGUCCGACGUGCCGGUGGCGGAGAAGGAGGUGCCCCCGCAGCCGGAGCCGGAGAAAGCGGCGGAGGAAGGAGAAAAGGAGAAGGAAGCGGCGCCGGAGGAGAAAGUUGCCGAAUCCGCUUCCUUCAAAGAGGAGAGCAACAAAGUCGACGACCUCGUCGAUCCGGAGAAGAAAGCUCUCGAUGAGCUCAAGCUCCUCAUUCAAGAAGCCCUCAACAACCACGCCUUCACCGCUCCUCCGCCGGCGAAGAAGGAAGAAGAGCCAAAAACAGAGACAAAAACCGAAGAGAAGAAGGUGGAAGAGGUAAAGAUCGAAUCUUGCGACGCCCCACCUGCUGAAACUCCGGCGGAGACGCCUGCAACGGAGGCGCCGGCGGCGGAGAAGAAGGUGGAAGAGGUAAAGAUCGAAUCUUGCGACUCCCCACCUGCUGAAACCCCGGCGGAGGCGCCUGCAGCGGAGGAGCCGGCGGCGGAGAAGAAGGCGGAAGAGGUAAAGAUCGAAUCUUGCGACGCCCCACCUGCUGAAACUCCGGUGGAAGAAGCAAAAAUCGAAUCUUCAGAGGCGGUGGAAGAGAUCAAAGAGACCAUAGUCCAUGAAGUGACGCCCCCAUGCGAGGAGCCCGCGGCGGAGGAAGAAGCGCCGCCGCCUCCCACGCCGGAGGAGGUUUCCAUCUGGGGCGUCCCACUCCUCGCCGACGAGAGGAGCGACGUCAUCCUCCUGAAAUUCUUGAGGGCUCGUGAUUUCAAGGUGAAGGAGGCGUUCACCAUGCUGAAGAGCGUGGUGGCGUGGAGGAAGGAAUUCAAGAUCGAUUCUUUAGUGGAGGAGGAGGGGGAGGAGUCCGCCAUUGUUGAAGGGCUUGAGAAAGUUGUGUUCUUGCAUGGUGUUGACAAAGAGGGCCACCCCAUUUGCUACAAUGCCUUUGGGGCUUUUCAGGACAAGGAGCUGUAUAACAACACCUUUGGUGAUGCUGAGAAGAGGGGGAAAUUCUUGAGGUGGUAUAUUCUCUUGUUGGAGAAGAAUAUCAGGAAAUUUGAUUUCAGCCCUGAUAGCAUUUGCACCAUUGUUCAAAUCACUGAUCUCAAGAAUCUGCCUGGCUUGAUUCUCUUCAAGAAGGAUUUCAGACAGGCUACUAAUGAGGCUCUUCAGCUUCUCCAGGAUAACUACCCUGAGUUUGUUGCCAAACAGGUGUUCAUCAAUGUUCCAUGGUGGUAUGUGGCUUACAAUAGGUUGAUCAGUCCAUUCUUGACUCAAAGGACCAAGAGCAAGUUUGUGUUUGCUGGCCCUACCAAGACUGCUGAGACCCUCUUUAAAUACAUAGCACCUGAGCAUGUCCCAGUUCAAUAUGGUGGCCUAAGCAAGGAUGGUGAGGCAGAAUUCACCACUGCUGAUUCUGCAACAGAGGAAACCAUCAAGCCGGCGGGCAAGCACACCGUUGAGCUCCCCGUCACCGAGGCUUGCACACUGGUGUGGGAGGUGAGGGUGGUGGGGUGGGAAGUCUGCUACGGGGCGGAGUUCGUGCCCUCGGCUGAGGGUGGAUACACGUGGGUUGUGCAGAAGUCGAGGAAGAUUGGGCCCGGGGACGAGCAGGUCGUCGGGUGCAGCUUCAAGAUUGGUGAGACUGGCAAAGUUGUGCUCACAUUUGACAACCAAACAUCCAAGAAGAAGAAGCUUCUUUACAGGUUCAAGACUAAGCCCUCUGAAUGAAUGGAAACAUGAAAUGUGCAGCAAAAGAAAUAGGAGAGGAAAAGGGUGGUUUUCUUUCCUUUGUUCAGUUACAUUAUUCUUUUUUACUUGAUUUGUGUUUUAAAAAAAGAAGAAACUUGAAAAUGUUGUUGAUUCUAUAUUUGUUGGUUGGUUGGUUGGUUGGUUGGUAUUAUAAAUUGAAGUUUUUUGUUGUUGGAUUGUGGGUGUAACAAAAUUUGGGAUGCAAGUACAUAUGGUGAAUGUGAAACAGAAAUAUUUAUUA